UCACCCAGUGGAUACGAUGGAUAAUGAAUCAUUGCCGGUUCUGCUUAUAACCGCUAACGUGGGAAGCGUGUUCGAAGAUCCCUCGAACCUGCUACACCUAUGGAUCAAAGAAUUGCUCGAUCACAUUGCUGCCCAGCAGCCCGCAUUUAUUGCGCUCCAUCUCCAAGAGGUGGGUGGCAAAACGUACGAAAAGUCCAUGGAGUACGUGCAGGAGUUUAUCAAGCAACUGUGCGAAUCGGACGAGCUGCGUGACUACAAUCGUAUUCGGGUAUACCUGGAUGAAGAUUACAAUUCGGCGGAACAUUUUACGGCCCUGGGAAAUCUAUACUUCGUCCAGCGCACAGUCAAUCAUGUGCUGAUGUGGAACUUUCUUACCCACGAGUGGGAUGCUGUCGAGGGCAAAAGUAUACACACGGGCAGUAUCGAAACAGUCGCUACCAAAGAAAAGGCUAAAUUCCCUCAACAAUUCUUUCCAGAGUGCAAAUGGUCCCGCAAAGGAUUUCUUCGUACCCGCUGGUUUCUCAAUGGUACCGUGUUUGAUUUAGUUAAUAUUCACCUGUUUCACGAUGCGUCCAAUCUGGAGGCGUGCGAAGAGUAUCCCUCAGUGUACUGUAAGAGCCGACGGCGUGCACUCGUGCACACACUGGAACGCUUUCAUAAAGAUACAGUUAACCGACCAGUGCCAUACUUUGUCUUUGGUGAUUUUAACUUUCGUUGCGAUACGGAAGGUGUUGUCAAGAAACUUACCGAAGAUCUCACAAUGCAUCGGGUUCAUAAUACGAAAAACGACAGUACAAAGGUUCAAUAUCGGGACGCUACCGGCACUAACGUUCUGACCGUGGGGAAGAAGGAGUUUUUCCACUGCGACCAAAGCACGUUUAAAGAAAAUUGGCUGCGUCAGUUUGAUCGCGAGCUUGAAUCACUUCGCAGCAUACUGUACGAGUUUCCCAUCACGUUCCCACCGUCAUACCCGUACGAGGAAGACCCGUUCCAGCCGGGCUCGUACAUGGCAACCCGUUGUCCUGCCUGGUGCGAUCGAAUACUGGUAAGCCCUGCGGCCCGGAAGCUCAUAUGUGAGGAUGGGUCCAACGAUGGGCCGGUUGCCGGUGAUGCGUGCGACACCUCUCCGGUUAGCUACGGUAUUAUCGGUGCGGAUGUUUGCAUGGGAGAUCAUAAGCCGGUUUAUCUCAGCAUUAAAAUCAAGACGAGUCAAGGUAUUGUAGAUAACUGCUCCUGUGAUACGCAUGUGCCUAGAAAACUGCGUGUUGAACACCCUAUUUAUAAUAACAGUGCAAGUAUCGAUAGUAGUAGUAAUAAUAACACGAUCGUAGUAAGUCUUAGUAGUUAUGGUAGUAACGGUGACAAUGCAGCCGAGUUGCCACCGAAGGCGCAACUUGUACGCCAGCUCGCAUCCACCGCAGUCCAGUGUAGCGCUGAUGAUCGGAGCACUACACCCGGCACCACCACCACCACCACCACCAUCAUUCCGUUUGCCUCCACGUCGCUUGACGUUGACCAUUUUGCCUUCCAUCAGCUUCACUACCCGUCCGCAUGUGCCAAAUGUGCCGCCCGCAUCGAGCAGUGCUACGAGCAGAAUCUCCUCGGGCUCGAACCCGUCGUACCGGGCGCGGGCACGCAAACACACCGCAAUGAGCCACUAGUGCCCAAUCAGGCGGCAUCACUCGAAUUACUGUCGCAAGCAUGCUUUAGAUAUCAUCACCCACUGGUAAGCAUUAACGUGUUCGACACGGACAGCAAUUUGAAUGUAUGCAUGUGCGCACUGUACUGUAACAAUGCCGCGACGGACGCAAAGCAGCCGACCACCACCGAUGCUACUGCUCCGACGAUCUGCCCGAACUGUCGCAAUAUUAUCAAACAUCAACCAGUAGAGCACCGGAAAACGCUUAUCUCGCGCCGGAUGAUGCUUGCCAACGAUGUGAUCGUUAAUCGCAUCGACACACACUAUCUUAACACGUACACGAUGGGGCAGGGCGGUAAUGGGAACGGUACCGGGCAGCUGCAUCCCUUCGAACCGUACACACCGGAAAGUGCCGAGUCACAUUCGCCCUUGCCCGAGUCGAGCGACUCGGGCAAAGCGUCACCAAGCGGCACCACCCAUAACGAUAAUCCAAAUCGUGAUUCGGAUGAGUCACCGACGGUUGGAAACGCUUCGUCACAGUCGAAUGCCACCGAGGAUGUCUUGCAACCGCUUCUACCGACCGAUUCGCCUCACCAAAAGCACGUCCCUUCAAACGCGAUGCAAUCGGAAACCGCUCCAUCGAACAUGGUGGACGGUGGUGCCGGUGGUGGUGGUGGUGGUGGUGGUGGUCAUGACAGUAGUUUCGGUGGUGUAUCACCCCGACAGCUAAUGUCUCGCCUCGAAAAGCUUAAAAGGCUGGCGGACGAACGACGUAAGCAGUACGGUGAAUGGACGCGCAGUUUCUCGCAGUCCGAUACGGCUAAACUAACGUCGCAGGGCAAGUGUGAUGAUGGCACCGGUGGUACUGAUGCACCGAGCGAUCCACAGGCAUCGGACGGUACUGCAUCAGUGGCGCUGCUUGCAGCGACCGGCACUAACAGCCACUGUCCGAGCAACGAAUCGGUGACGCACGCUACUUCUGGGAAUAUGGCGAGCUCUAUUUCGAUACGAAGAGACUCGGUCAUUGUGAACUGUUGCCGUGGGAUGUGCACGUUGCUAUAG